UUUCUUCGCCUUCCCCGCUUGGCCGCUUCCCCUCUUUCUCUCUUCCUUCCGCCUCUCGGGCCACGCCAUGCACCGCGCCAGCCAGCCACCACCGCUAAUCCCUGCCAGCAUUUUCCAAAACUCCUCCGCUUUCUCCGUGGCCUCACAUCCCGAUUGCAAAGUUUCCCCCCGAAAAUUUCCUCACGUUGUGUUUGAUCCUCCCCACAUUGCUAUCGAUUCCUCGCAAUUUUCGUCGAUUUUUCCAAUGGAGUGAGCCGAUGUGAUGGAGGGGCAGGACGCGCUCGACAUGUCCGACGCCUCGCCGACCUCGUCGUGGGAGGAUGGCGCCGUCGAGCACUUCGACGUCGCGUCGUUCGGCGGCGACGGGUACGUCGUCGACGAUGAGGAGAUGUCGGACGUGGAGCUCGGCACGGGUUCCCCGGCGGCCCCUUCGGAGGCCUCGACGCAGACUCCUCCGCCGCUGCGGAGGCGCCUAGCGCCGGUCGAGUCCUCGGACGUCCCGGAGGAGGUGGUGCGGGCGGUCGACGCGGUGAUCAUGGGCGGUGGUGUUGAGCGCCUCCGCGAGAUGGUGUCCGAGGAGAACGGCGAGGUCACGCAUUUCAUCGUAGACGUGCUGAUGAUCACGAUGGGCGGCGUGGACGGCCUCGACGAGGGCGCGGGCGACGGCACCAGCACCAGCACGGAACCCAGCAUCAUGUCCAGCUCGCGCGCAGCCGCCAUUGCUGUCGAACUGAUGCCUUACCUUCCAUGCGGCACCGAGCCGUCGCCGCGCACCCGUAUGGCCUGCGGCCUCCUCGCCACCCUCAGCGCCUGCACCCGCAACCGCACCAUGUGCUCCGCUUCGGGCCUUCUCGCUAUCCUCCUCGAUUCUGCAGAGAAGCUGUUCGUAAAAAUGGGUCAGAGCAGGGAUUGGGAUGGGAAACCGCUCGUGCAGUGCAUUCAGGUGCUAGGAGGGCACUCGGUUAGCGUCAAGGACUUGCAUUCCUGGCUCCUUUUGGUCAAGAAGGCGCUUGGGACACGCUGGGCAACGCCACUGACACUAGCAUUGGAGAAGGCUGUUGGCUGCAAUGAGGCGAAGGGACCUGCAGUGACAUUUGAGUUCGACGGCGAGAGUUCCGGCUUGCUUGCCCCUGGAGAUAGCCGAUGGCCAUUCUCGAACGGUUUUGGGUUUGCCACAUGGAUAUAUGUAGAGUCAUUCUCGGACUCACCCAACGCAGCAGCAUCAACUUCUGGGAGAUCGUCGCGAUGGGCCGCCGCCGCCGCUGCUUUCAUACAUGCUGGAGAACGGGCGAAGGACAUGCCCCGGCUUUUCAGCUUCCUUACUGCUGAUAACGAUGGUGUGGAGGCUUAUUUCCAAGGCAAGUUUCUAGUUGUGGAGAGUGGGACUGGAAAGGGAAAGAAGGCUCAUCUCCAUUUCACCUAUGAAUUCAAACCACAGUGCUGGUACUUCAUUGGUUUGGAGUGCACAAGCAAGCAGGGUUUGCUCGGAAUGGUCGAGAGUGAACUACGGCUGUAUGUUGAUGAUAAGCUUCAUGAGAGCUGUCCGUUUGAGUUCCCCCGUGUCUUGAAACCGCUGGCAUUCUGCUGCAUCGGGACAAACCCGCCACCAACUAUUACUGGUCUGCAACGGCAAUGCCCAUUAUUUGCAGAAAUGGGGCCUAUCUAUAUUUUCAUGGAGCCGAUUGGCCCAGAGAGAAUGGCCCGGCUAGCUUCUAGGGGAGGAGAUGCACUUCCCAGCUUCAGCAGCGGUGCUGGUUUGCCUUGGAAAGCUAGCUGUGAUCACAUUAGGGAAAUGUCAGAAGAUAGUUAUACACUUGACAUUGAGAUUGGAGGAAGCUUACAUCUUCUUUAUCAUCCUAGCCUACUUAACGGCCGAUUUUGCCCCGAUGCUUCACCUUCUGGUUCAACAGGUACUCACCGAAGGCCUGCGGAAGUUAUUGGGAUGGUUCACAUAUCUUGUCGCGUGCGACCUGCAGAAUCAUUAUGGGCAUUAGCUUGUGGAGGUCCAAUGGCUUUACUACCAUUGACUGUGAGCAAUAUUGAGAUGGAUAACCUGGAACCUAUACUUGGUGAUGUGUCACUGUCUCUUGCUACGUCUUCUCUUUCUGUUCCUAUAUUCAGAAUAAUUUCUCUGGCAAUUCAACAUCCUGGAAAUAAGCAAGAGCUUUGCCGUACCCAUGGACCAGAGCUUCUAUCACAAGUUUUACAAUAUUUGUUGGAAACACUGUCAAAACUAGAAAGUGGGAAGAAAGAGAUACUGAGAGAUGAGGAGCUUGUUGCUGCAAUUGUAUCUUUGUGCCAAUCUCAAAUAAAUGAUCCUGGUCUAAAAGCGCAGCUCUUUAGCACUUUGCUGUUGGACCUGAAGAUGUGGAGCUCAUGCAACUAUGUUCUGCAGAAAAAGCUUCUCUCUUCACUUGCAGACAUGGUUUUUGCAGAAUCUGCUUGCAUGUAUGAUGCAAAUGCGUUGCAAAUGCUUCUUGAUGGAUGCAGAAGGUGUUACUGGGUAACUCGUGAAGGAGAUUCAAUAGAUACCUUCACAUUGACUGGAACUGAGAGACCUUUAGGGAAAGUGAAUGCUCUUGUUGAUGAGCUGUUGGUUGUUAUUGAACUGUUGAUAGGAUCAGCUUCUUCCACAAUGGCUUCUGAUGAUGUUCGUCGUUUGGUAGGAUUUGUUGUUGACUGCCCACAACCUAACCAGGUUCCUAGGGUCUUGCUCCUCAUCUACAGACUGAUUGUGCACCCAAACAGUACUAGAGCGCACAUGUAUGCUCAGUCAUUUAUUUCUCGUGGAGGUGUAGAGGCAUUACUUGUUCUUUUGCAGAGAGAGGCUAAAUCUGGCAAUAACAACACUUUCAACAACUACGAUGUGCCACAAAAUGCUGCUAAGUGGAAUGGAAGUUCUCAGUCAAAAUCUACUAAUAGUCGUUCACUCUUGAAACCAGCUAGUAGUGAAGCAAACUGCAAUCGUGAGACACCGUCAGUUGACAGUCAUGAGUCACCCUCUCAUGAUGGUAACUCUGAACCUGUAUCCACUAGCAAAUGGCGCUUACUAAAAAAUCAGUUCCUAAAGAAUCGGAGUGGCAUGGACCUCCCAAGUAUCACUGACAAUGUUCAGAACAAUGUAUACAAUAUUGAUAAUGGUGAUGGAGUACUUGUUGGGAUAGUUCAUAUUUUGGGCGCUUUGGUUGCCUCAGGUCACCUGAAGUUUGCCUCACUUAUUGCAAAACCAAAGUUGCCAAGUGGUUUUCUGACAACUGCUAAUGGCGAAGGAAAUACCAUGUUUGAAGACAGAGUAUCUUUAUUGCUCUUUGCAUUGCAGAAAGCUUUUCAAGCAGCCCCAAGAAGGCUUAUGACCAGAAAUGUAUAUAGAUCUUUAAUAUCUGCAGUGAUCAAUAUUUCUUCAGCAAAUGAUAAUCUGAACUUGUAUGAUUCUGAUUAUCGCUUUCAGCAUAUUCCGCUCUUGUUAGUUCUACUACGUUCUCUUCCAUAUGCAUCACGAGCAUUUCAAGCUCGUACUCUUCAGGAUCUUCUAUUUUUGGUUUGCAGUCACCCUGAGAAUAGAAGUACUAUGACUUCCAUUGCAGAAUGGCCUGAUUGGAUUUUGGAGGUUAUGAUUUCUAAUCAUGAGAUGGGUGAUAACAAAGAUUCAGAUGGUGUAAGCAUAUAUGAGCUUGAAGACGUCAUACACAAGUUUCUACUUAUUAUGCUGGAGCAUUCAAUGUGGCAAAAAGAUGGGUGGAAGGAUGUGGAGGCAACAAUACACUGUGCAGAAUGGCUUUCAAUGGCUGGGGGGUUUAGCAUGGGAGACCAAAGAAUUAGGCGUGAAGAAGCAUUACCAAUUUUCAAAAGGAGAUUACUGGGUAGUCUGCUUGAUUUUUCUGCUCAGGAGCUUCGAGUUCAGCAGUCUGAAGGAAUUACCGCUGCAGCAUCUGAUGUUGAAGUGGAGACUAGAGAACCAAAAAUACAAGCAGAAAAGGCUGCCGAUCUCUUAGUAGUCUUGGCUGAGAAUGCAGUAGUUCUGAUGAUGCUCGUAGAAGAUCAUCUGAGGUCACGCAGCCAACAAUUUUUUACAUCCUGCUUAAUUGACAGUGCUUUAUCUCCUUUAUCGAUGGCUUCAUCAGCUGCCAGUAGGUCAUUGAGCAGAACUGGUAGCGAGCCUUUAGAAGCUGGGGGCUCAAGGCAGUCUUUGUCCAGUGAUGCUGGUGGACUGCCGGUUGAUGUUCUUGCUUCGAUGUCUGGCACAAAUGGGCAAAUUUCUUCUGAGGUAAUGGAACGCGUAACGGCAGCAGCAGCAGCGGAGCCUUAUGGAUCUGUCAGGCAUGCAUUUGUAUCCUAUGGGAGCUGUAUUUCAGAUCUUUCUGAAGGUUGGAAGUACAGAAGCCGACUAUGGUAUGGUGUAUGCAUUCCAUCCAAAGCUAAUAUCUUUGGGGGAGGAGGAAGUGGUUGGGAAGCAUGGAAAUCUGCUGUAGAGAAGGACUCCAAUGGGGACUGGAUUGAACUUCCAUUAGUGAAGAAAUCAGUUGCAAUGCUGCAGACACUUCUACUAGAUUCUGGAUUUGGGGCUGGCCUUGGCUCUGGAGAGGGAUCUGCCGGUGGUAUUGGUGUUAUGAGUGCACUUAAUCAGUUGUUAGAUAGUGAUCAGCCUUUUUUUUGUAUGCUCCGGUUGACUCUUAUUUCAAUGAGGGAGGAUGAUACUGGGGAAGACGACCUCUUUAUGAGAAACAUUAGCAUGAAGAAUGAUGAUAUAUCAGAAAGAUUGGGCUGUCAAACUGGAAGUGUGAUUGAACUUGAUGGUAACUCAUGUGCGCCUACCAUAAAACCUCAGUCUGCACUUCUAUGGAGAUUGCUUGGUCCCUUUCUGAAUGUGCCAGUUUCUGAAUCUAAGAGACAGAGGGUUCUGGUUGUGUCUUCUAUUCUUUAUUCGGAGGUAUGGCAUGCUGUAAGUAGCGACAGAAAGCCUUUAAGGAAAAAAUAUCUUGGAUUGUUAAUGCCACCCUAUGCAGCUGUCCUGAAAAGAUAUCGCUCUGUUUUGGCUAAUAUUCACGAGCUUGCAUCUUCGGAUGGAGAAAAUCCGCUACUUGUUGGUGAUUGUGCUUCGGCUGCAGAUACUUUACCUGUUGAGGCUGCUGUUUCAUUGAUAUCACCUGGCUGGGCUGCUGCUUUUGCCUCUCCACCAGUUGCAAUGGCAUUGGCCAUGAUUGCUGCUGGUGCCUCUGGGGCAGAAACAAUUGCACCACCAACAAAUAAAUUGCGCAGGCGUGACACCUCAUUGCUUGAGCGUAGAUCAGCUAAAUUACACUCAUUCUCAAGUUUCCAGAGGCUUCCUGAUACAACACCACUCCUGCCUGCAUCUGCACCAAAGGACAAAGCAUCCGCGAAAGUUGUAGCCUUGGCCGCUGCUUGUGACCUUGAGUUUAGUGCUAAGAUUGGCUUGAGAAGGGGUCUUAGUGUUGUAGCAAUGGCAACUUCAGGACAACGGAGGUCUGCAGGUGAUAUUGAGCGUGCGCAGAGGUGGAACACAACUGAAGCUAUGGCUGCUGCUUGGAUGGAGUGUCUGCAAUCUGCCGACUCAAAGUCAGUGUCAGGCAGAGAUUUUUCUGCCCUUUCUUACAAAUAUGUUGCACUUCUUGUUUCAAGUUUUGCCUUAGCACGGAACUUGCAACGAGUUGAGAUGGAGAGACGAACACAGGUUGAUAUCUUGAACCGUCUUUGUGCCUCUGUUGGGGUUCGGGCAUGGCGACGUCUUCUUCAUUGCUUAAUAGAGACAAAUAGACUCUAUGGACCUUUUGGAGAACUUCUGUGUACUCCUGAUAGCAUUUUCUGGAAGCUGGAUUUUACUGAAUGUUCAUCAAGGAUGAGAAGAUUUAUGAAAAGAAACUACAAUGGGUCAGAUCGUUUUGGUGCAGCUGUUAAUUUUGAGGAGCAGAUGCUUCUUUGUGAUGGUGUAGAAUCCAAUGCAUGCCACACAGAGGAAGGGGACACUCGAUCUACAAAUGCUCUCCCAACAACUUCGUUGAUUAUAGUGGCUGAGGCAAUGUCAGUGGAUAGAGGACAUGAAGAUGCUGAGCACAUAGAAACCGAAACAAUUUGCAGCAGUGUAGAUGAUCAAUUAAGAAAUUCCUUGCCACCUGAUCCGUUUAAAGGAUCAAUAGAUUCAAGAAGUUCAGACUUUUCUGGUGUCCGCAACCUGGUUCGAUCCACAGCAAUUGCACCUGGUUACAGGUCUGGUGAAGAAGAUAAAAGAAUUAUAAUUGAAUUGCCAUCGUUGAUGGUGAGGCCAUUGAAGACCGUACGAGGAACCUUCCAAGUCACCUUAAAGAGGAUUAACUUCAUAGUUGAUGAGCAUACAUCUGACAGUGACAGUUACAUGGAUGAUGUUGCAUCCACUAGCGGCCAAUAUGAUCAGCAAGAUAAAGAUCGGAGUUGGUUCAUAUCUUCGCUGCAUCAGAUUUAUAAUAGAAGGUAUUUGUUACGUCAAAGUGCAUUGGAAUUAUUUAUGGUAGAUAGGUCUAACUUCUUCUUUGAUUUUGAGGAUAUAGAAGCACGUCGACAUGCUUAUCGGGCUAUCAUUCACACCAAACCUCCUUAUUUGAAUGAUAUUUUUCUAGCUACACAGAAACCUGAGCAAAUCCUUAAACAGACACAAUUAAUGGAGCGCUGGGCCAAAUGGGAGAUUAGCAAUUUUGACUACCUAAUGGAACUGAACACUCUUGCUGGGCGCAGUUACAAUGACAUCUCGCAGUAUCCUAUGUUCCCAUGGGUAGUAUCAGAUUACCAGUCCAAAACAUUGGACUUGGAAGAUCAUUCCUCAUACCGAGAUCUUUCAAAGCCAAUUGGUGCUCUAAAUCCUGCACGGCUGAAGAAAUUCCAAGACUAUUACUCUAGUUUCAAGGAUCCAAUCAUCCCAAAUUGUCACUACGGUUCACAUUACUCUAGUCCUGGCACGGUAUUGUAUUAUCUUGCCAGGAUAGAACCUUUCACUACCCUCUCCAUUGAGCUGCGGGGUGGCAAGUUUGGUGAUGAUAAUCACAUGCUCUCUGAUAUCACCAGAACAUGGAACAGUGUCCUUGAAGACAUGAAUGAUGUAAAAGAGCUAGUUCCAGAGAUGUUUUACCUUCCUGAGGUAUUUACUAAUGUGAAUUCUGUUGACAUGGGAACAAAUGAACUUGCUAAAAGGCUAGGCUCUGUAGAAUUGCCUCCUUGGGCCGAGAACCCUGUUGAUUUUAUACAUAAACAUCGGAAAGCUCUUGAGAGUGAUCAUGUCUCCGCUCAUUUGCAUGAAUGGAUUGAUCUAAUAUUUGGAUAUAAACAAAGAGGUAAAGAAGCAGUGAUGGCUAACAAUGUUUUUCCCUACGCUACAUACGAGGGGACAGUAGAUAUUGAUAAAAUUGCUGAUCCAGUAAGUUUCGCAUCCAACCUUUUAGAUCAUCUCAGUAACUUUCUAGCUGUUAACAUUUUGCUGAAAAUACUGAAGGUGCAACGGCAAGCUACACAAGACCAAAUAGUAAAUUUUGGACAAACGCCAUCUCAGUUGCUGAUAGUUCCACAUAUACAGAGAAGGCCAUUGGCAGAUAUCUUACAGCUGCAGACAAUAUUCCGGAACCCAAGUGAAGUCAGAUCUUAUUUACUUCCUAAUCCAGACCAGUGUAAUGUUCCCGCUAGUGCAGUGCAUGUAUCGAAUGACUGUAUUGUAGUCGUAGAUGCAAAUGUGCCUGCAGCACAUGUGGCAGUGCACCAUUGGCAGCCAAACACCCCGGAUGGCUUAGAGACACCCUUCCUCUUUCAUCAUGGGAAAAAUGCCAUAAAUUCAAGCGGCGGCGCAAUAAGGCGCAUCUUCAAAGGACCUACUUCUGCAGAAGACUACCAUUUCCCAAGGGCUAUAGCUUUUGCUGCUUCUGCAAUCCAACCUUCGUCAACUGUUGCCGUCACAUGUGACAAAGAGGUUAUAACUGGUGGGCAUGCAGAUAAUUCUGUGAAGUUGAUCUCCUCAGAUGGAGCAAGGACCAUUGAAACUGCAUCUGGGCAUAUUGCUCCUGUGACCUGCCUCGCACUAUCUCCUGAUAACAAUUACUUUGUCACAGGGUCUCGUGACACAACAGUUAUAUUAUGGAGGAUACAUCAGAUGAGCUCUUCACAUUGGAAAAAUGCUCCAGAACCUCCACCUUCACCAACAACACCAAGUACUCCUCUAGCCAAUAGUAUUAGUAGUGGUAGCAGUCCAAUCAGAACUUUGGAAACCUCCAGCAAGCGGCGAAUCGAAGGUCCUAUGCAUGUUCUAAGAGGACAUCUUGGAGAAGUAACUUGCUGUUCUGUUAGUUCUGACUUGGGACUUGUUGCUUCCUCUUCACAUACAUCUGGUGCCCUUCUACAUUCUUUGAGGACAGGUCGGCUCAUAAGGAAGCUGGAUGUGGGAGAGGCACAUUUGAUAUGCUUAUCUUCUCAAGGAAUCGUAUUGAUUUGGAAUGAAUCAGAGAAGAGACUAUCCACCUUCACUGUUAAUGGAAUCCCUAUGUCUACCUCGGUCCUGUCACCUUUCUCCGGGCGUGUUAGUUGCAUUGAGGUUUCUAGGGAUGGCCAGUUUGCUUUAAUUGCAGCAUGUUUAUCUAGCAAUUGCACUCGUGACACUAGUACUGAUGAAGAUCAUAUGAUUGACAACUGCAACGAUGAUGAGGAUGUACCAGAGUCAAAGGAGACCAAGCUAUACGUUCAUGCUCCCUCGAUCUGCUUCAUUGAUCUACACAAACUUGAGGUAAUUCAUACGCUGAAGCUGGGAGAAGGACAGGACGUCACAGCUGUUGCUCUAAAUGAAGAUAACACUACUCUUGUUGCCUCAACAGCUGAUAAGCAGCUGAUAGUCUUCACAAAUCCUUCUUUAGAGUUCUAAAAUAGCUGAUCAGAUGUUGCACGAAGGUGACGGGCUUUUGUAGUCGUGUGAGAAAACUGCCGCUGACUGACAUUAUUUCACUCACCGAAGCUCCAGCCAAUUUUGCAGUGAAAGAUACAAAGAUACAUAGGAUGGCACAAAACGGCGUCUGUACGUAAAACAGGGGAGAUGCAACACGGGCCCUCUUUUGUGCCGCGGUGAACUGGUACAGAUGACUUCGCUUUGGUUGAUUGUAUGGACCUUGCUGUUCUUGCAUGUGGUGAAACGCGCCAUACCGCGGAGAAGAUCCGGGACCGUCUAUGUUUGUGUUGCGGCCAAGGGAUUCAGAAGCAAAUACCUAAAUGUUGCUAAUUCUCUGCUCUGAGUACGUGUCUCGGUUGUGUGAUACGGUGUGCCUACGUGGACUCUAGGCCGACUGCCAUCUCUGUACAAAAUCUCUUCCAACUAAUUGAUCAUCUUUCUUUCGUUUAUGCAUGGCGUGUACACGGCUACACGCAAUCCUCUGUUCACGAGUAUUGCCAACGCCAUAUGGUCAGUGAGCUACUCAUUGUUGUGUUAUUGUUUGUUAACAAUAUACAUGUAGUAUUGGGACGAGGA